AUUGCUGAACCUGUCUCUGCAACUUCUUUGAUGGGUUCCUUUCCAUUUUUCACAACUUCUUGUUUUCUUUAUUUAUACAUUAAUCUGCUGUCUCUGGAUGAAGAUCUUUGAUGGGGUUUGUGUCCUGUUCUUAACUAAUUUCUCUCUCUCCUGUCCACUCCCUUUCUAGCGAGCUAUAUAUAAACAUCUUCAGCCCAUACUCUACACCUUCUUCCUUUUUCUUCUUCGGAUCAGAUUUUUAAGUUUCUAGCUACCUAGUAGAAUUUCGCCAGACUCAAGUCCGGAUCCAAUUCCUCUCAAUCGAUCAUCAAAAUGGGCUGAUCCUUAAUUUGUUCAGUGCUUCAAGCUUGGACACAUAAUUUUUUCUUGCAUAUAUAGGAGUGACUCUCGAAGGGUUACUGAUUUUGCCUUUUGUGAAUCAUAUUAAAUGGCAACGUACUUUCAUGAAAGCUCAGAAAUCCAAGCAGCAGCUGCACCAUCUGAUGGGAUUCAGACACUUUAUCUUAUGAACCCUAACUACCUUUCUUCUUACUCUGACUCGACUCAACAGCAGCACCAACAGCAGCACCCUAACAUGAUCUUCUUUAACCCCAGUAGUAGUACUGCCGCUUCCAAUAAUGGCCUUCACACCGGAAACCUUCCUCAUGGCCCCCCGCAGAACCACCACUUUGUCGGCAUCCCACUUGCUGCACCCUCCUCCAAUAUCACUUCUCUAACUCCAGACAGUCACAGCCGUCCGUCCCCACAUGGGAUUGUCCCUAGUCAUGUUCACUAUAACAUUUGGGGUUCAAUGGAUCAGAAUUCGGUCUCAACAGCUUGUGAGUCUAGUGCGGCCAAUGAUGUCGUGUCGGCGCAGGUGGGUUUUCGGAGGCCGGUGGCGGUGUCUCCUGGAAGGCAAGGGUUAUCUCUAAGCCUUUCAUCUCAGCAAGCACCGACACCACCGACACCGUAUAAUAGGGCUAUAAGCAAUAAACAUCACGAGAUUCAAGCAUUGCAUCCUUAUGUUUCGGUUGUGUCUUCAGGUGAUGAAAUCAGAGUUUCUGGGAACUCUCCGUCGUCUGUUUCGGCAGUGUCGAAUGGGGUUUCCGGUUUGCAAAACAUGGUUUUGGGAUCCAAGUACCUGAGAGCUACACAGGAAUUGCUUGAUGAAGCUGUUAAUGUUGGGAAAGACCUAAUAAAGAGUGGCUUAGAAGGGAGUUCUAAAGAGAAGAUGAAGAUGACUAAACAAUCGAUAACUGGGGAUGGAUCUAGUGGUGGUGAAGCUUAUGCUGCUAAUCGUGGAGCUGAGCUGACGACAGCCCAUAGGCAGGAGCUGCAAAUGAAGAAGGGAAAGCUUGUAAACAUGCUCGACGAGGUGGAACAAAGAUACAGGCAAUACCACCACCAAAUGCAAGUAGUGGUUUCCUCGUUCGAGCAAGCAUCAGGAUUUGGUGCAGCUAAAUCAUACACAGCCCUAGCAUUACAGACUAUCUCAAAGCAAUUCAGGAGUCUUAAAGACACAAUUUCUUCGCAAAUCAGAGCCGCAAGCAAGAGUUUGGGUGAAGAGGAUUGCAUAGGAGCAAAGGUUGAAGGUUCAAGACUAAGGUACGUGGAUCAUCAGCUUCGACAACAGCGAGCACUACAACAAUUGGGAAUGGUCCAGCAUAAUGCUUGGAGACCCCAGAGAGGAUUGCCGGAACGUGCUGUUUCCGUUCUUCGCGCCUGGCUCUUUGAGCACUUCCUUCACCCAUAUCCCAAAGAUUCUGAUAAGCACAUGCUUGCAAAACAAACAGGGCUUACUAGGAGCCAGGUGUCUAAUUGGUUUAUAAAUGCUCGGGUUCGGCUGUGGAAGCCAAUGGUGGAGGAAAUGUAUGUUGAGGAAAUCAAGGGGCAAGAGAAAACUGGUUCUGAGGAGACUGCAAAUAAAAACGAGAACAAGGAGUCGAGGUCUCAUUCUAGCGCACCAGGAGAGAGCAGUACACUUCAAAUGGAUCAACUUAAGGGAGUACUUCACUCGAAACAAGUCGAAAAACCCAGGAACCAGAAUACUUCUCCUCCAAGAUUUUCCUACCCCGCAAUCUCAAUGUCUCCCAUGGGAGCACCCCUUCAACAGCAAGCUGGUUUUACCCUUAUUGGACCAGCUGAAAUGGAAGGAAUUUCUCAUAGAAGCUCAAAGAAACCGAGUAGUGACAUGCAGAAUUCUCCAAGCAGUAUCCUCUCCAUGGACAUGGACGUGAAACAAGGUGAGACAAGUAGGGAAAUCAGUGCGAAUUUUGGUGGUGAAAGGUUAAUCAAGGAUGGCUAUCCUUUAAUAACUAGCAGUGGUGGAUUUGGAGCAUAUCCAAUGGGAGAUCUUGGGAGGUUUAACCUUGAGCAGAUGACACCAAGAUUUAGUGGAAACAGUGUUUCCCUUACUCUUGGUCUGCCACAUUGUGAGAACCUUUCUCUUUCAGGAACUCAACAAAACUACCUCUCGAACCAGAACAUUAAUCAGCUCGCUGGAAGAAGACUAGAAAUUGGAAGCGGUACUGAACCUGACUUUUCUGGGAUUAACACCUCACAAAAUUCUCACUCCAGCACUGGUUUUGAAAGCAUUGACAUCCAAAACAGAAAGAGGUUUCCUGCACAAUUAUUGCCAGAUUUUGUGGCCUGAUGAUCAAUUUACUACUUACUAUAUUGUACUUAACUUCAGAAUUCAUAGUUGUGCUUCUCAAGAACAUCUCAGGUAACAUGAGCAAAUAAUAGCUCUCUCCUUCCUAAUGUACCCUGGCCAAUAGAAAGAGAUCGAGGCUGAAAAAAGCUAAGCAUGAUGGUUGCAGUAAACCAAGAAGAAAACUCAGUAUCGCUAGGUUUUAGUUACAGAGAACAACUAGCCAAGUGUUCUUUAUAAAUAGGUAAUUAGGGAGGGUUGAGGCCAUAAUUAAGGUUAAUGAUUGUAUAUUAUAUACUCAUACUUCGGAGCAUAGGUAGAUGGAAAUCAAGAUUUCAUGGAUAUGCGAAAUGGGUUAUUUGGGUAUACCAAUCUAUAUUUGUAAAUUUAAAUAAUGCUUUAAUUGUGGAUGUGUAUGUGAUUUUUCAUUCUUGCGCC